UCAUGAUGGACACUAGACAAUUAGAAGCCGUACCAGUUUAAUCUCGGAAUACAGUGAAAUAAUAGGAAGUAUGAUAAUAUUAAGAUUAAAGGAUCUUUAUAUAUCAUUGCCAGAUUUAUAUAUUAGAAAAUAUGUGCUAUCUGAAAAAAUAUGUGCAUUGAAGAAACCAUACAUUCCAAAAGUAAAUAUGCAUGAUCAAACAAAUUAAGAGGUAUAGAUGAAAAAUAAUUUUAGAUUCUAAGAGUUCCAAAAGUUUGGUAAUAAGUAAUGAAUGAUGUACAAUUGAAGGCACUUGAUUUUUCAGAGAGAAAGAAAUGGAAAGUAAAAGAAUAAUUUAUAUUAAUAUAUAGAUUGCUGUGAAUUAUUAAUUGGCAUAGGAAGCAAAGGCAAAUCAUUAGAUGUUAUAGAAAGAGAGGGAAGAAAUAGAGUAAUUUGGAAUUUGUAUUUCUUAUUCAUUAUGUCAGAUGGUAUAGAAAGCAUUUAAUUAAAUGGGUAAUUAUAAUUUUAUUAUAGGAUUAGAUAUUGAAGAACCAAAUCAAAAGCCAAUAUAAAAAUAUUUGAGAAUAAUGAAGAGUGAUAAUUAAGAAUUAGAUGAAUAGAGAUAUUAAGAUGCCCUUCAAAAAGUGAAAAGAUACUUAUCAACUAAUAGAGAUAUUUAUGUCUCUUUGGAAUCAUUAUUUCCAGAUAUGUAAUAAACAUAUUCAGAAUCAAAUACUCAUGAUAUUCAUUCUAAUGAUAGAAGGAAGAUUAAAUACACAGUUGAAUUCGAUUUUAAGAAGAAGUAUGAGAAUCUAUAAGAGGCUUUGUAAUUGUUUGUGAAUAAAGAUAUUCCAUUAAAAGAAUCUUUUGAGAAGAGUAUGAUGAGUAUAGAGAGUUUUCCAACUUCUUUGGAUAUGAUUUACAAACAUAAAGCAAAAUCAUAUUAUUAAGAACCUUGUUUGGAUCCAGAAUAUGAAGAAUUAUUAUAUAGAAUUGGUUGUACUCCUGAAUAGGUAUUAAAUGAUGGAGAAAAGAUGAUGAAGAAGUAUUAAAUCAUAUGAAUUAUAGAAUGAAGAUAUUCUCAAGUAAUUAAGUUGUAGAAUAACAAUUACUUCCAUAAUUGGAAUUAAAAGAUUUGUUUCGAUACAAAUAUAAUUAUAUAGAAAAAGAUUGUCAUUUUAUUUAGCAAAAUGGAAAAUUUAUACCUUUAAAUGCUGAAAGAUUCAAUUCACAUGCUUAAUCAAUAACAAAAUCAAAUGAAUUAGUCAAACAAUAUUUCAUAUAGUAAUAAUUAUACAUAAUCGAAUUUUUAGUUAUUAUUAGAAAUUUUAAGGAGAUUUUAAUUAAGUUAGUUAAGCCUUAUCAUCAAAUACAGUUACAGCUAAUUUGUAUUUGUAUACUCCUAAUUUCUGUGCUGAUCUUUAUGCUUGGUUGAUAUUUAAUAAGAGUAUUCCAUCAAAUUCUAAAUUUAUCUUACCUUAACAAUAUUAAAAGAAAUGUGAAUCAAUUAAAUAAAUAUAAAAAUCUUAAUAGCAAUAAACUUAAUACACUAAUAUACUAAAUGAUUAUGAAUAACUUAUUUAGAAGAAAUUACCAACUAAAAUAUAACAUUUAAGAUCUCUUCCAUAGAUACCAUUUAAACAAUAUAAUAAGUCUGUUUUCAAAGAAUUACUAACCAAAAUUAAAUUUGAUGAUCCCAUAUAGAUUAAGACUUCUGGAUAAGCUGAUUAUUCAAUGGUUGAAAGACUAUCAUUUUCUAAUUUGAAAGAAUUGGUUAAAUCUGUUAACAAUUCAAAAGGACACAUUGAAAAAAGAUAUAAAAACAUAUAUGAUAUUGCUAGAUAAGAUUGUUAUCCAAUUGAAUAAAUUAAAAAAGAAUUUGUAUAUAAUAUUUUUUAAUUUUUAGAGGAAAAAUUUUAAAUAACAAAUAUAAGUAGGAUAAAGAAUGUUUCCUUAAACUAUGAAGUAUAAUAAUUAACCACCAAAUUCUGGAUUACAAAUUAAUCAAUAUUAAUCGAAACCAACAACAAUAGAAGGUAUCAAUAGUACCUAAAAUAUUAUAAUGCCAUAAUAAUAACCUCCUCCAUAAUCGGCUAUGCCUAUAUAAACAUAAUUACCAUUAUAAUCAGCAUUACCACCCUAGGUUGCUUAAACUCCUCCAACAGCUUAAUAAUAUAUUCCACCUGCUACAUCAAGACCACGUAAAACAAAAUAAGAAGUUCCUGCUUAACCUCCUUAAUAAGCUCCUCCAACUGUUUAAUAACCAGCAUCUGCAAAAAAAAAUAAUAGAAAAAAAGAUGAUACAGUAGUUUAACCAGCUUCAGUAACAACUCCUGCCAAUGUUGAACCUUAAGAACCACCUAAACAAUCAAAAAGAACAAAAAAAUAAACAAAAGCCAAUGAUAAAAAUAAACAAUAAUAACCAGAAGAUCGUAAAGAUGAUAGUGUUUGA